AAAAGAAAUCGCUUCGUGGAUCAACCUUGACCACGUUCCAUUGAUUUUACGCUCCAUCGACUUCUUCAUCUGCGUCAUCGGACGUGGUUCAAGAGUCGUAUUAUUUGGUAAAAUCUUUCAAGCGCUGCCGCACACCUCGUAGUCAUCCGUCCAAGGAUGUCGACCUUCACCUUCGGCAGCACGCCAGCGUCGUCUGGCAGCACAGCACCCUCCUUCGGCGCGACCUCAGGCACAACGGGUGGGCUGUUUGGCUCCGCAACGACUUCGUCCUCGACGCCUCUUUUUGGAGGCACCAGCACCGCCCCGGCUUCGACAGGAAACACCAUUAGUACAAGUUUAUUUGGCAGCACAGCGAACAAUGCAAGUAGCACAUCUAAGCCAACCUUCUCGUUUGGCAGUACGGCGACUUCAGGAUCCGGGGGAACAAGCCUCUUUGGCGGCGCUACUUCUGGUGGAGGGCUCUUUGGUGAGAAGUCUGGAGGUGAGAACAAGCAGCCCACAACAGCUGCGCAGACGCCGGCAUCGAGUGCGCCUUCAACCGGCGGUCUCUUUGGAAGUGGAACAACAUCAUCGGCUUCAGGCUCCUCGUCGUUAUUUACUGGAGCAACGUCUUCUGCUCCUUCUGCAACUCCCGCGGCACCAAAGACAUCAUUGUUCAGCUUUGGUCAGCAAGGAUCGACAACCCCAGCAGCGACUCCACCUACAACGAGUGCACCGACGGCAGGAGGUGGGCUCUUUGGAGGAGCAUCCAGCUCACUAAAUACGACAAAGCCAUUAUUUGGCUCAACAACACCCGCAGCGCCGGCCCCUUCCUCAGGCUCAACGACAAGUCUUUUUGGUGGUAUAGGGCAAUCUACAGGUACCACAAACUUGUUUGGUGCAAAGCCGUCAGCUUCUGCCCCGGCAUCAAGCGCGACGAGUUCUGGAUUAUUUGGCCAACCAGCAAACAGCGCGGCAGCUGGAACACAAUCUACCACGACUGCACCUGCAUCAUCGACUGCCCCUGCUACUUCGUCGCAACCAACGUCAUCCGGCGGUCUGUUUAGCUUUUCUAAACCAGCUGAUCAAUCAAAACCAGCUACUCCUUCAUUGUUUGGCGGCGCUACAAGCAAGCCUGCCACAACUUCUACGACCACAGCUCAGGCACCUGCAUCGAAUGCCCAGUCAACGACAAAAGCAUCGGCCGCCACAUCCGCAGCUACACCCUCUUUAUUUGGCGCUAAACCUCCCGCAACCACAGCACCCUCCAGUGGAUUAUUCAGUGGCCUUGGGUCACAGAGCACGGCCCCUGCAGCCUCAAGUGCUGCAACAACAUCCUCACCGGCAUCUACUUCAACUGCCCCUGCAGCUACAACAUCUGCAUCGGCAGGAGGUCUCUUUAGUGCCUCUGCAAGUACAAGCUCAGCAGCUCCUGCAAGUAGUCUCUUCAGUGCGGCGCCAGCAGCUACCACAACGUCAAGUUCGGCGCCCGGUGCCUCAACCGCAACGGCAGCAGCCGCAGCCGCAGCUCCUUCUGCCGACGCACGGUCUCGCUUGAAAAACAAAUCAAUGGAUGAAAUUCUCACCCGCUGGGCUGCUGAUCUCUCUAAGUAUCAGAAGGAAUUUCAAAAGUCUGCCAAGCAGGUUGCAGCAUGGGACGCCCUGCUGGUCAAAAACACCGAGAAAAUCUCGAAAUUGUACGCAAAGGCGUUUCAAGCGGAGCGUGAUGCAAGCGAGGUUGAGAAACAAAUUCAUGCUGUAGAGAACGAACAAGAUGAAUUGGAGCAAUGGUUAAGCAAAUAUGAGGUUGAAGUCGAGGAUAUGAUUCGCAAGACUGGCGUUGGUAUGGAAAGUGGUGUUGCAGGAGGCGUUGAUGCGGAGAGAGAAAAGGUAUACAAGCUCGCUGAGAGUGUGACACAGCGACUCGAGGAUUUGAACCGCGACUUGGGAGAGGUCAUAAAUGAAGUCAAUAGCGUUAGUGCAAUGGUGGGCAAGAGCACAGGGCCCGAUGACCAGCUGUCGAAUAUCGUUCGCGUGCUCAACUCGCAUCUUCAGCAGCUCUCGGACAUAGAUACGGGAGCACGAGAGUUACAAGAAAAGGUUGAUGCAGCAAAAAGGGAUCGAGCUGGUCUUGGCUCCAGUGCAAAUGGUUGGCACAACGUGGGCAACGAUGCUGCAGAGGACUUUUAUAAGAGCUACUUGGGGAGGAGAUAAGCUUCGAUCGCAAGAACUUCUCUGCAUCUGUAAGAUACACUAGGUGCUUCGACAGGACGCGAAUUGAAAGCAAAAGUAAUAAGCGUGGCGUCAUUGGUGUUUCUGGGUGCACCUCAGAGUCUAGGAAAUGAUGGGUAAAGAGCUAGUGAUGCGUUGCGGUGAGCGCUGUAAAUGCGAUGGGACGAAUUUUUCUCACGCCACGAAGAGUGCUGUGAGCAUGUGUGUCAUUUAACUGUCGGCUAUAUUACAGCUCAUCCAAAAAUGGAGCUUUCAGUAGAAACGAUAUUGAGACAAAA